AUGUCUCUCAAGGACGACGCCUUUCCUUCCUCCGUGGCUUUUGAUGCCAUCAACGAGUCCCUCGCAUCCAAUGACGCCGAUCGAAAAGACGCCGUCAAGCAAGGGAAGGCCAUCUUCGCCUUCAAGCUGACCAACAGCAGCGGCAAGGAAGAGGCAUGGUAUAUUGAUCUCAAGGACACUGGAAAAGUCGGCAAGGGCGAGGCCCCUGAAGGCAAAAAGGCCGAUGUAACACUCCUCCUCUCCGACGAAAACUUUAGCAAAUUGAUCGCCGGAAAGACGAAAGCACAGACUUUGUUCAUGAGCGGCAAGCUGAAGGUCAGGGGUAAUGUCAUGAAAGGCAAGACAACAACGAAGAUGGAGCCCAUCCUCGCUAAGGCUGGAGGCUCUGCCAAAGCCAAACUCUAG